AUGGAUGAAAAUGAAUAUCCAACUAUUGUUCGCAGAAAUAGAGGUGUUUACAAUCGUCUUGACGGAGGCACAACUGACAAUCAAUAUGCUCUUUCACACAAUGACGGAUUAUUGCAAUUAUUUAAUUGUCACAUUAAUGUAGAAGAAGCAUCUAGCAUCAAAUCUGUUAAAUAUUCGUAUAAGUAUAUCUAUGAAGGACAUGACGCUGCAACAGUAGUUUUUACCGAAAAUGAUUGUGAUCAAAGAGUUAUUCAUCAUGCCGUAAUUCGGAAUUUUAUAGAAACUAGAUACUUCAGUCCAGUUGAAGCAUGCGAUAGAAUAUACGGAAGACCAUUACAAAAUAAAAUUCAUUCUAUUAUACGGUUAUUAGUAGAUUUUUAUAUUCAACAAACUUUUACUAUCAGUGAUGAAGGAAAUGAGGAUUCCAUAAGAACUGCGUUAGAAAAGCUAACUAUGUUGCUUGCUUAUUUUGCCUUAAAUCAACGUGAUCACAAAGCUAGAGAUUUCACGUAUGCAGAAAUUCCAUCCCAUUACGUAUUCAAGAAAGAAGCAAAUGUCGAUACAUCUAAUUGGGUGAUUCGAAAAGCACAAUUUAACGUUAUUGGAAAAAUGUAUCCUACCAGUCCGAAUCAAGUAGAACUAUUUCAUUUACGAUUAUUACUGAUAACUGUUAAAGGAGCAAGCGCAUGUUUAGCAUUGGGUGUCAUCGAAGAUGACACAGAGUGGAAUCGUGCAAUCGCAGAAGGAGAAGUAUGGAUGAUGCCUUAUCAAUUAAGACAUUUGCUCGUACGUAUUUUGAUAUACUGCCAUCCAAAUAAUCCAGAAGUGCUAUGGAACAAUUUUAAAGAUUCUAUGUCCCAAAACUUUCAUAGAAAUUGUACUUUAAUGGAAGCACAUCAAAGAGCAUAUAUUGAAAUUAAUACAUAUCUCUUACGUGAAAGAUACGAUCUUAGUUAUUUACUAAAGAUGCCGCAAAUAAAUGAACUCAAUAUUACUAUUUAUGAUCAAACAAACGAUGGUGAUGAAGUUUCAGCUUACCAACAUGAAGAAAUUGACAAAAGACAAUAUAAAAAACUUAACCUAAGACAAAAGGAUAUUAUCGAUAAAAUAUUGAAUUUUGUCAUGAUAAAUGAAUUGAUGGGCCAGGUGGGUCAGGGAAAAAGUUCAUUUACACUACAUUGUAUCAUUUGUUACAAAUGA